CAAGUUUCAAACUCUGCAUUUCCUGGUAUGUGUGCACGUCAAUGAGUACAUGGUGGGUGGUUUAGAGUGUGUGCGUGUGUAUGGACUAUAUAAGCCAUGCGGUAGGCUGUCUGUGUAGUUUCUCCUGGUUUCACCUGUGAGAGAGCAUCCGGCAGCAUGACCUCCCAGCGAUGGAUGCUGGCAUUCUGCUUUUCACUGGCCUCAGUUCUAGGCACAGGAGAGUCAGUCACAACAACAGAAAUUCAGAAAUACACUUGCAGGACAUUUGGCAGCGGGGUCAUCCAGCCCUUCAACGGUUCAAGUUUCUAUGUUCGGUCCAACUGCCCGUUCACCCUCACCCGCUUCACACACAACCGGGUGGAAUGUGAUAUCACCUUACGGCGAGGUGACAACGGGCUGCUGGACCAAGUCGAGAUCAUCAUCAACAAAGUCAAGACUGUUGUGCAGAGUGGAAGCAUCAUGGUGGAGAAGAAAAGUGUUUCCCUUCCAUAUGACCACACCUACCAGCAUAUCUUUCAGUACGGCAUCUACACCAGACUGAGGAGCUCGCUGCUUCCACUGUCUGUCACCUGGCACAGUGUCCCCUGGGGAAUAGACACUGUGUGGGUGGAGGUGGAGCAGGAGCUGAGCACUGGCAUGACCGGACUGUGUGGAAAACAGAACUUCCCAGGCAACAAGCAGCAGCUGAUUGAGGAGAGCGUGCUCGCCAAGGACACAUGUCAAAUCCGAGAUCCUGUUUCUGCUGUGAAUACAGUAAGUCAACUGUUGCCAUAACUGACUGUUCAAACACACCUGAAUGAAUGUUGUGACGAUACUGUCUUCUGUUGGUACUGCUGCUGUAUGUACUUUGGAGCACACCUGGU